AUGUUCCUCCAUACGCAAGCACAUUCGACUCUCAAAAGGCAGAAACGAACACAGUUUUCACCCAUUGAGAAGGAUCCAGAGCAAAAUAUAACAAAAGGGCGAUCAUGGUAUAUCCCAGGCCCUGCAUGGCUCUGGUUGGAGCCAGUCGUGCAACCGUUUCGCGCCUAUGGUGCUGCGCAAAGAAGAAGACCACAUUUGGUACAAUGGCUGAGCACCAUAACAAUCUACUUCUUGGGCGACUUGUCGGCACAGAGAGCCUUGCAAGAGUCCGUAGACGAAGUUGAGCAGGAGCCUUGGUAUGAUACUGGCCGCGCACUCCGGUCGCUGACAAUUGGCGCAAUCUCAUCGAUUCCAUCAUACAGAUGGUUCAUCUGGUUGGGAGAAUCAUUCAACUAUUCCUCAAAAUUCUUGUCUCUUGCAACGAAAGUCGCAGUGAAUCAGGUCAUCUUCACGCCCGUAUUCAAUACCUACUUCUUCGGUAUGCAAAGCUUGCUCAGCGGCGCAACAUUAGCUGAGGCUGGCGGAAGGAUCAAGAAUACAGUGCCAACGAGUUGGUGGAAUAGUUGUAAAUUGUGGCCGGCAGUGACGGCUUUCAGCUUCACUUUCAUUCCUUUGGAAUAUCGUAGUGUCUUUGCUGGAGUGAUAGCUAUUGGGUGGCAGACCUAUCUUUCCAUGCUGAACCAAAAAGCAGCUAAAGCUGAACGUGACGCAAUAGAGUGUGCCGUUGUGUAG